AUGCCGCCGCCAACCAAGUUCGCCGUCCUCCUCUUCCCAGGCUUCCAGGCGCUCGACGUCUUUGGCCCGCUCGAUGUACUGAAUAUGCUGUCGCGUGGGCGGCCAUUCGAGUUCUCCGUGGUCGCCGCGCGUCUCGGCCCCGUGCCGACGCGCGCUUCGGACUCGAGGCAGAGCAUCGGCCAGCAGAUUGUGGCAACGCACACGCUUCAAGACGCUCCUGAAGACAUUGAGGUGCUGCUCGUUCCCGGCGGCAUGGGCACCCGCAACACAGAGGCGACGCAGCCCGAGGUCGACUUCAUACGCGAGAGGUUCCCGCGGCUGCGGUUCCUGCUCACCGUGUGUACCGGCUCCGCGCUGGCGGCCCGGGCGGGCGUGCUCGAUGGGAAGCGGGCGACCACGAACAAGGCAUCGUUUGACUGGGUCACGACGAACGGCCCCAAAGUCGAGUGGGUGAGACAGGCGCGGUGGGUCUCGGACGGCAACGUGUGGACGUCGUCGGGCGUCUCGGCGGGCAUCGACAUGAUGUACGGGUUCGUGGCAGCCGAGUUCGGCGAGGAGGUGGCGGCGGCGGUCGCAUGGGACUCGGAGUACGAACGGAACACAGACCCGUCCAACGACCCCUUCUCGGGCCGUUAA